AUGCUCUCCCGUUCCCUCCCCACCUCUUCGUUACGGAUCAGCAUACGCUCCUGCUCGGUCGGACUUCCCUCCAAAUUCAUCCAUACAGCCAGGCCGAUCAUCACUCGAACCCUGGCGUCCAAUCGAACUCCCGCUCCCCUUCUGCCAAGCUCUCGUCUCUCCUCCAUCACCCGUCACUUUUCCUCAACCCCAGCUAUUCAGAGCAAGCAGUCCUCAACGAUGGCACCCAUUGAGGUUCAGCAGUAUGACUACAUUGUCCUGGGAGGUGGUAGUGGUGGAAGUGGAAGUGGCCGUCGCGCAGCCGGCUGGUAUGGCGCAAAGACUCUGAUCGUUGAGAGCGGCCGCUCCGGUGGUACUUGCGUGAACGUUGGAUGUGUCCCCAAGAAGAUGACCUGGAACUUCGGAACCAUCAAUGAGACUGUGCAUGUCGGCAGGCACUACGGCUACGAUUUUCCCGAAAAGGUGAACUUCAACUACAAGCACUUCAAAGAGCGCCGUGAUGCUGCCAUCACCCGCCUGAACGGUAUCUACGAGCGCAAUUGGGGCCGCGAAGGUAUCGACCUGGUCCACGGCCGCGCCCGUUUCGUGGAGCCCAAGGUGAUUGAGGUUGCCAACGCGGACGGCACCACCACCCGCUAUGCCGGAAAGCACAUUUUGAUCGCUACCGGUGGACGACCAAACAUCCCCGCCAUCCCCGGUGCUGAGCACGGUAUCACCAGCGACGGUUUCUUCGAGAUUGAGGAGCUUCCCCCCUAA